UUCUUUGGAUGGAAUGGGGCUAGCUAGAAACUAGCACUGAGCUUUGAAUUGAAUUUGAAGUUUUCAGAUAAGAUAGCCACAUAUUGUCGGAGCGUUCAAUAGAGAACGGAGUGAAAUGAAACGCGAUGUCCGGAUACUGCUGUUGGGGGAACCCAAAGUGGGAAAGACCUCUCUCAUCAUGUCUCUGGUCGGGGAGGAGUUUCCCGAGCAGGUUCCUCUUCGGGCGGAGGAGAUCACCAUACCGGCUGACGUCACGCCUGAGAAAGUGCCCACACAUAUAGUCGACUAUUCAGAAACUGAACAGUCUGAUGAAGUGUUGAGGGAGGAAAUCGUAAAGGCCAAUGUUGUGUGUGUGGUUUAUGACGUCACACAAGAGGAAACCAUUGACAAGAUCAGGACUAAAUGGAUUCCUCUGGUGAACGGUGGUGCUGAAAAAGGAAACAAGAUUCCCAUCAUCCUCGUGGGCAACAAGUCUGACCUUCGCUCCGGCAGCUCAAUGGAAACCAUCCUGCCCAUCAUGAACCAGUUUUCAGAGAUUGAGACCUGCGUAGAGUGCUCGGCCAAGAAUCUGAAGAAUAUUUCGGAGCUCUUUUAUUACGCCCAGAAGGCAGUUCUACACCCGACUGCUCCGCUCUACGACCCUGAAGACAAACAGCUGAAGCCACAGUGUGUUCGAGCUCUGAGUCGGAUCUUCAGCAUCUCUGAUCAGGAUAACGAUCACAUACUCAGUGACGCCGAACUUAACUGCUUUCAGAAAUUGUGUUUUGGGAAUCCACUGGCUCCUCAGGCUCUAGAAGACGUGAAGACAGUUGUGUGGAAAAACACCAGUGAUGGAGUCCAGGACAACGGACUCACACUUAACGGUUUCCUCUUUUUGAACACUCUCUUUAUCCAAAGAGGGCGUCAUGAAACCACCUGGACCAUCUUGCGUAAAUUCGGCUAUGAUGACACGCUUGAGUUGACUGAUGACUACCUCUACCCACCAUUACGAGUAUCGGUGGGUUGCACGACAGAGCUGAAUCAUCUGGGCCAUCAGUUCCUCCAGAAACUCUUUGAUAAGUAUGACGAGGAUAAGGAUUCAGCUCUCUCUCCCGCAGAGCUCAAGAAUCUGUUUAGUGUUUUACCCUACAUGCCCUGGGGCCCGGAGGUGUACAGUAACGUCCCCUUAUCAGACGACAACUACAUCUCACAGCACGGGUACUUCUGCCAGUGGAUGUUGUCUGCUUACCUGGAUGUCCACCGGUGUUUGGAGCAUCUCGGUUACCUCGGGUAUCCCAUACUAAUGGAGCGAGAGUCCCAGACCUCUGCCAUCACAGUAACAAGAGAAAAGACAUUAGACCUGGAAAAGCGACAGACCCAGCGCACCGUGUUCCUCUGCAAAGUGAUCGGUCCACGCGGAACGGGAAAGACUGACUUCCUUCGAGCUUUUCUGGAGCGAAGCACUGAGAGAAACAAGCGUGACCCCGGUCCCCCCACAAUAUACGCCAUCAACACCGUCUCAAUAGCCAAUCAGGACAAGUACCUCAUCCUGGAGGAGGUGGACGUGGAAACAGAGUUUCUAAAAGCAGCAGACGCCGCGUGUGACGUGGCGUGUCUCAUGUAUGAUGUCAGCGACCCGGACUCCUUCAACUACUGCGCUAGUAUUUAUAAGCAGCACUACAUGGACAGUGGGAUCCCGUGUGUGGUUGUGGGCUCCAAAGCUGAUCUGAUAGAAGUCAAACAGCAUCAUGGGAUGAGCCCGUCUGAGUUUUGUUACAAACAUCGGCUGCCUUCACCUCUACGUUUCUCAGCGCUGCUCACACACACUCACACACACAUUUACAGCAAGCUCACCUGGGCUGCCAUGUACCCGCACCUGAACGGAUCAGACAUGAGCAGCACGUCUUUCUGGCUGCGUGUGACUCUGGGCGCCACAAUAGCCGCCAUGCUGGGCUUCGCUCUGUACAGAGCAUUUAGCCGACACAAAUGAGGCAAACACUCACGUUCUCUCACAAUACACGCAGAUAAACACACACUCCCUCGUUUCCUGCGCUCUGUCUUGGCCUUACUGAGUCACUGUGGCUUAACAAGGGCGUGAAGCUCUAACAGUUACAGUGACGACAACUCAAUUAAGCAAAUGUUUCUUUUGUUUUCAGCUGGACUAAAGUAUUGCACACACGCUUUGCUUUUAUUACAAAAAUUCCCGAUCUUACCGUAUGACCUACAUUGGUCGAGCCCAAGAGACGUUUUUCAUCAUGUUUUGAGAGGAGCAAUGAUUUAAAAGGUUACGUUUUGAAUUGUACAGAGUUUGUAAUGUAUUUAACAGCUUGGGAAAUCAGUAUGGAUCAUGAAAAUAUUCCAUGUGAGUCUCACACCUCAAUUUUGGGGUCAGUUAUUCAGUUUUACUUCAGCCAGUUCAGGAAAUGCACUUAGAGUUGAGGUCAAAAGUUUACAUCCUCCUUUCAGAAUCUGCAAAAUGUAAAUUUGACCAUAAUAAGAGGGAUCAUACAAAAUGCAUGUUGUUGUUUAUUUAGUACUUACCUGAAUAAGAUAUUUCACAUAAAAGAUAUUUACUUAUAGUCCACAAGAGAAAAUAAUAGUUGAAUUUAUAAAAAUGACCCUGUUUAAAAGUUUACAUCCCCUUGAUUAUUAAUACUGUGUUGUUACCUGAAUGAUCCACAGCUGUGUUUUUUUUGUUUAGUGAUAGUUGUUCAUGAGUCCCUGGUUGGUCUAAACAGAAAAAUCCUUCAGGUCCCACAAAUUCUUUGUUUUUUCAGCAUUUUUGUGUAUUUGAACCCUUCACGACGACUAUGAUUUUGAGAUCCAUCUUUUCAUAUGCAACUAUUACAGAAGGCUCAAACACUCACUGAUGCUCCAGAAGGAAAACGAUGCAUUAAGAGCUGGGGGUGAAAAAUUUUGAACAGUAUGAAGAUGUGUAUUUUGCCUAAAUAUCAGUUUUUUCAUUUAGUAGUGCCCUUCAGAGGCUACAGAAGAUGGUUACAUGUUUCCCAAAAGACAAAAUAAGUUUAAUUUACCCUGAUCUUCAAAUUCCAAAAGCCUUCACCCUCCGGCUCUUAAUGCAUCAUUUUUCCUUCUGAAGCAUCCGUGAGUGUUUGAACCUUCUGUAAUAGUUGCAUAUGAGUCCCUCACUUGUCCUCAGUGUGAAAGAAUGGAUCUCAAAAUCAUACAGUCAUUAUUGGAAAGGGUUCAAAUACACAAAAAAGGCUGGAAACCAAAGAAUUUGUGGGACCUGAAGGGUUUUUCUGAAGAAUAACGGGCAGUUUAACUGUUUAGGACAAACAAGGGACUCAUGAACAACUAUCACUAAAAAACAACAAAAAAAAAACACAGCUGUGGGGUCAUUUUUAUAAAUUUAUAAAUUUAUAAAUUGAACUAUUAUUUUCUCUUGUGAAUUAUAUGUACUAAAUAAACAAUAACAUGCAUUUUUUAAGAUCACUCUUAUUUUGGUAAAAUUCACAUUUUGCAGAUUCUGUAAGGGGAUGUAAAAUUUUGACCUCAACUGUAAAUUUAAUAAAUCAUUCACCCUCUUAAAAUAUUUAAGAAGCGAAAGUAAGUUCUGAGUUAAAUAGGAGUUUAAGAAAUAGUUCAUUGUCUGAAAACCGACAGUCCUCGGGUCAUCCAAGAUGUAGAUUUGGCGAAAUUUAGCUUCACUGGCUCACCAAUGGAUACAUUGCAGUGAAUGGGUGCCGUCAGAAUGAGAGUCCAAACAUCACAAUAAUCCACAAGUAAUCCACACCACUCCAGUCCAUCAAUUAAUGUCUUGUGAAGCAGAAAGCUGUGUUUAUAAGAAACAAAUCCAUAAUUAAGGUGUUUUAACUUUCAACAGCCAUUGCUUCUGGUCAAAAUGAGUCUAUAAUCCAUAACAACGCUUCCUCCAGUGGAAAAAGUCCAUCUGCUGUUGUCCUCUCGCAUCAAAAUCAAAGCAAUGUCUCGUAUUUUGAAGUUAAAAACAUUUGUUUAUUACAAACAUGCAGUUUGUGGAUUACAUACAUUACUUGUGGAUUAUUGUGAUGUUUUUAUCAGCUGUUUGGACUCUCAUUCUGACGGUACCCAUUCACUGCACAGGAUCCAUUAGUGAGUGCUAAAUUUCUCCUAAUCUGAUAAAGAAAUGAACUGUUCUACAUUUUGGAUGAGUAAAUUCUUCUGCAUAUUUUCACUUUUGGGAUGUGCUUUUGCUUUAAAUUUAAUUAAAUGCUACAGAUUGGCUCUGAAUUCAUGUACUUAACCCAUUUAAGUGCAUCUUCUAAACUGGCCGAAUUGAAAUGAAAUAAACAUAGGUCCCCAUUCAUUUCCAUUUCAUAUUCCUCAGAUCGUUUAUACGUACGGACCAUGACUGACAAGUAUGUGUAUGUUGUUGUUUUCUUUUUAAGACGGCCGAGGCAAACCCCAUGUAUGAUUUUGAAAAUAGCUAAACUGGGCCGAGGCUCGCAAAAUCUUUCUUUUCUGUUUGCCUAUAUUGAUUGUAGGAAUGAAUGAUUUCUGAUUAUAAAAUUUGCAGUAGGAAUGGAUGGUGUUAAGUGUAUUUUAAAUGAUAUUUUAGGAAAUGCUCUGCUGUUUAGAGCCAUCCAUAGUUACAAAAAACAGAUAACCAGUGUGAAUACAGUUACUUCAAUCAUUAUAAUGGAUGGAAGUGCUCAGGAUGGAUAGUAAGGAAUCGCCUGCAUGACUGUAUUUAUAUUGUCCAAACUGGAUUUAUCUUGAAACCAUUGUUACCAUGUUUUAUUAGGCCUCAUUUCAGCCUAUAAACAUUCUCCCAACAACCCAAAAGCCAGUUUCUGGACUGUAGGUCUUUCUUGCUCAUUCACAUGAAUUUGCAUGUGAGGAGAAAAGAAAGAACUCACUGAUUCAUUGGUUUAUUUUUCAUAAUUUCAUUAUUUUGUUCAGUAUUAAUGCCCAGUGUUAACUAUUAACCCUAAAAAUCCCCCUGGAUUGUGUCUCUGGUCAUGGUCUUCCAGCUUCGACAUCAGAUGAGAUGCUUGGAAUGAAGCCAGUAUAUUCUAAUAGAAAUAUUUUGUAAUAAACUAGCUUUUUUUUUCUGGUGAUUUCGUUUACUGUGCUUUAUGACGUCGGCGACAUGGUUUGCUUGAUCACAUGGCUCAGCCCGUGCAGCGGAUUGGCUGAUUAUCUAUUGUAGAGGUCAUACAAUACACAUUAUGCUUUAGGUUAUCCCAUUAUUGACAGUUUUUAUAUUUUUUUGUAGUAUAAAUCAGUUUUUAAUGCUUGAAUGUGUCAGACAGGUCUGGGAGGUUUGCAGCAGUGAGCUGUAUCUUAUUACUGUUCAGACCUGGAUACAGCAUCAUGUUUCAAGAGCGUUAUGCAAUAUACAUAGAGCAGAUCAGAGAUGCUUGAGUUGAGUUUGGAUAGUUGAGAAAUAAUGUAGGUAUUUGAUUUCAACAUAAAGGGUAUAAUACAGUUGAGGUCAAAAGUUUACAUACACCUUGCAGAAUCUGCAAAAUGUUAAUUCUUCUAAAAUAAGAGAGAUCAUACAAAAUGCAUGUUAUUUUUUAUUUAGUACUGAACUAAAUAUGACAUUUUUAACAUAGCAGAUUCAUUUUUUGAAUUUAAAGAUCAGGGUAAAUUUUACUUAUUUUGUCUUCUGGGAAACACGUAAGUAUCUUCUGGAGGGCAGUACUAAAUGAAGAAGAAAAAACAGUGCAUCUCUUAAUGCAUCAUUUUUUCUUCUGGAGCAUCAGUGAGCGUUUGAACCUUCUGUAAUAGUUGCAUAUGAGUCCCUCAGUUGUGCUCAGUGUGAAAAGAUGGAUCUCAAAAUCAUACAGUCAUUAUUGGAAAGGGUUCAAAUACACACAAAUGCUGAAAGACCAAAGAAUUUAUGGGACCCAAAGGAUUUUUCUGAAGAACAGCAGGGAGUUUAACUGUUCAGGACAAACAAGGGAAUCGUAAACAACUAUCACUAAACCAAAAAACACAGCUGUGGAUCAUUCAGAUAACAACACGUAUAUUAACAAUCAAGCGUAUGUAAACUUUUGAACUGGGUCAUUUUUAAAAAUUCAACUAUUAUUUUCUCUUGUGGACUAUAUAUAAAUAUCUGUAUGGGAAAUAUGUUAUUCAGGUCAGUACUAAAUAAAAAAUAACAUGCAUUUUGUAUGUUCCCUCUUAUUUUGGUAAAAUAGUGCAAGGUGUAUGUAAACUUUUGACUUUAACUGUAUGUGUACUGUAUAGUGGGGUCCAAAAGUCUGAGACUGGCUUGCAUUUUCAUUUAAUACAUAUUUUAUUUACAAUUAUCAACAUAACCCAUUGAAAAACUAGAAUUUGAGUGUUUUAUUUUUUGUCUUUUUUUGCUUUAUAAUCAUGUUUUCAAGCAUGAUUUGAUGUUAGAGCAUUUAAUGACUCUUUGCAGA